CAAAUGAACCGAGCACACACAACAGGAGAUCCCUUUCUCCCGAACUAACCCCUCUUCGCUCGCCGUUGCUGCUUUAUCGAUUGAGAAGAAACAUUCUCCUUCGUUUGUUUUUUGAGAUUCGGAAAAUAUUUGAUCUGCAAGCUUUAUUGAGACAGAGAAGCGGACUGGUAUCACCGGCACUCCAGAUCCGUGGGCGACUGGGCAGGGAGGUGUCUGUCGGUCUAUCUGCUGCAGGAGUGAAUCAUUGCGUCGGGGCUCGGAAGAUUAGACACCCCGCUUAUCACCACUCCAACUCCCGGAGGUCUCUGAUGGUAUUUGGAGAUAGAGACGGAUAAGUGAGCCAAUUCAAAUAGAUUACAGCUAAGCUGAUAUCGUCUGUGCACCUAUAAAGUAGCCUGCCCUAUAGGAUUUUAAAUGGGUUUUUAAAAAGGCACUACAAGUUCACUGGAGACUUGGAUCAGUGACGUUUUGGCGUUUGCCAUAUCAGGUGAUCUUGAAGAGUGAAAAGAAAAGAUUUGAAGAUCAUUACAUUUUGGGGGGGAUCCCAAUCACUUCCAGAAAAUAGCUGUCUGAUAUGAGUGUAAACAGAGUCGAGUCUGGGUGACCCCCCUAGCCUGAUAAAAACGGAUUGAAUCUUAAUUGACCGGAUCAGCGUCUUAACAGAGAGAAGAUGCCGUUCCACCACGUCAGGUCUACUCUGCUCUACACUGGAAGUCUCCUGAGCCGGACACUGUCUGAAGGGAGCGAAACCUUCCAACUCACCAGCAUCUCCACAGAGGAGCUAGGAGAGAUCCGGGAGGCGUUCCGGGUGCUGGACCGGGAUGGGAACGGGUUUAUCUCUAAGCAGGAGCUGGGCAUGGCUAUGAGAUCCCUGGGGUACAUGCCCAGUGAGGUGGAGCUGGCCAUCAUCAUGCAGAGACUAGACAUGGAUGGUGAUGGUCAGGUUGACUUUGAGGAGUUUGUGACGAUAUUGGGACCCAAACUGCUGUCGUCUGAGACCAGAGAAGGUUUCCUUGGAAGCACCAUCGAUAACAUCUUCUGGCAGUUUGACAUCCAGCAGAUGUCCCUGGACGAGCUGAAGCAGGUUCUGUUUCACGCAUUCCGAGACCACCUGACGAUGAAGGACAUCGAGAACAUCAUCAUCAACGAAGAAGAGAGCCUCAACGAGACAGGGAACUGCCCCGAGUACGAGGGAGUCCAUCCAAAGAAGAAGAACAGACAGACAUGCGUGAGGAAGAGCCUGAUCUGCGCCUUUGCCAUGGCCUUCAUCAUCAGCGUCAUGCUCAUCGCGGCCAAUCAGAUGCUGCGGAACGGCAUGGAGUAAGCCAAUCACACUGUGAGCCAGGGGAGU